AAAAGUCUAAAACCCUUCGCAAACCCAAACUGAAAACCCUAAAAACACACACAGAAGAGAAGAGAUGGGGGACGAACAGGGUGGAUACCAAAUCGACCUCGGGAAUCUUGCGGCAUUCGGUCCUCACCACCAAUUUGCAUCUGUUCUUGAUAACAGGGAGGAUCUCUUGAAGGAGUGCAUAUCACAUGGUACCAAACUAAUUCAGGCAGUUGCUGAUGCUCUUUUUAACCUGCCUUCUACUGAAGAUGCAUCUGGCCCAGUUGUCUCUCUACCACCGCCAUCCACAAAAUUCCCACGAGAAAAGCCCCUGCCAAAGCCUAAACCUCUAACAAGUUGGGCGGAAUUUGCUAUAAAGAAAGGCAUCCAAAAUCGAAAGAGAGACAAACGUGUCUUUGAUGAACAAACGGAUUCUUGGAAGCGUCGCUAUGGUUAUGAUCGGGUAAAUGAUGACAAUGACCUUCCAAUUAUCGAGGCAAAGAUGACGGAUGAGCCAGGAGUGGAUCCUUUUGCCAAAAGACGGUCAGAAAAGAGACAACGAGUUGAAAAACAAGAGAAGAACCGUUUGCAUAAUUUAAAAGCGGCUGCUAAAGUUGGUGCUUUGCCAAGCCAUGUUCAACUUGCUGCAACAGCAUUGCCUAUAACCGGGACCCAAGCCGCACCAAGAAAGGUUAGCAAGGAUGAACUACAGAAUGUAGCGGGAAUGGCAGCAACUUCAACUGCCAGUGGUGGUAAAUUUGACAAAAAGUUGGCUGGCGAAAAGCCCCCAAAACAUGAUAAGAAAUACAGGAAGUUCCUACCUGUUGUCGAAGGAUCAGGAAUGGGUUCCCUAGAGAAGCAACAAUCUGACAAGAUUCUUAACAAGUUAAUGGCUAAAAAUUCCCAUGAAAUUUUUAAUGUCGGAAAGGCUGUUGAUAUGUACAAUGCGAAAAGCGACAAAAAGCGGAGAAACCAGCAGGGGAAAUCCUCAUCAACUUCGAGUAAAUUAAAAGUGAAGAAGAGCCCGUAUAAAAACAAAUCGACGAAGAAAUCUUCGAGUAUAUCUCUGGAAGAAAUCAUUUAGUUUGUUAUCUAGGGCAUGGGAUCAAAUACAAACUCUUGUUUUUGUAAGAACCAUAAGAGAAGACGGGGCGGGUGCGUGAUACUCAUCUAUCACGCGUUGAACAUGUCCGUAACACCGCCGCCACUCAUUUGAUAACGCGUGAACAUUUAAACGCGUUAACCUGAGCACGCGUUAAACUUUUAAGUUUUAUAGGGUAUGACUUGUACAUUGUGCAUUAA